AUGAAACUUGCGCUAAGAUUGUCGUUUCUUCGGGAUAGUAACUUUUGCGUUCUACACUGGCCCGAAGGCGUGAAUUCGUCGGAAGACUCCUCUCGCCGAGAGUACGCCCUCGUCCUGACGUGGCGUCGCAUGCUCCCCCGCCUGAGAGACUCUCGCCUUUUCUUCAGUGCUUCUCAGACCCUUGCAUGGUCAUCCGUGGAUGCCGAGUGCAACGUGACCUUCACGGAGCCGUGGGGAUCCUUCUCCUCCCCAAAUUAUCCCAAUGAUUACAACAAUUAUGAGUUAUGCUGGUAUUACAUUGAAGUGAUUCCAGAUGGUUUUGUUUACGUCGAGUUUCUGGACUUCCAACUCCAGUGGGAUCCAACAUGCUAUUAUGAUAGCCUUGCGAUAGCGCAAUAUGCAAAUCAGAAGACAGAGGUCUUGUGCGGGCAAUUCGGAAGUUUCAGCACCGACUUAGAAACAAUCUUCUUUCAGAUUACAUUCCGGACGGACGGCACCCUCACUAAUCGAGGAUUCAGCGCCGAAUUUUGGACCAUGAUGCCGCUGAAGUGCGAGGAAGGCUGGGAGGAAUUCCAGUUGGGAUGCUACUUGUUCGCGGACGACCGGAAGACUGCGAUGGAAGCACAACGGGAAUGCGAGGACGUCGGGGCCAAUCUCGCCAGCAUCCACAGGGAAGAGGAAUUUCUGUUCAUCGGUGAACAUGCUCUGUCGUCACCUCUGUGGAUCGGACUCCAAACAGAAGAUUCGCAACGGAAAUGGGUCGACGGGACAUCCUACGACUACGAGCUCUCCAACCUCAACUUUCUCUCCGACGACGGAUUCGCUUACACGUGGACGGAUCAGUGGGUGAUGGGGAACUGUGCAAGAUCUGAACCAAGUUCUCGCAGGAGUCUGGGGGAAGACUGCGAAUACGCCGUUCUCGAUGCCAGGGGAGAUUAUCCAAAAGAAGGGCGCUUUCCAUUUGUCUGUAAGAAAGACCGUCCGAGAACUAUCUUAAAAGGAUUCUAAGACCGGGAUUGGUUUUCUAAUAGCCGGUGUCUCCUAGGCCUUCUUGGAAGCAUUAAUAAAAUGUGUAAGCAGA